GUGCGUGCAUGUGUGUGUGUGUGCGUGUGUGAGUGAGGGAGAGCAAACGAGAGAGCGGUGUGAUAAAGCUCUCCAAGUUUGACAGCUUCUGCAGGCUAAAAAGGAGACCUCAAGCCCGCUGUGAUGGAUUCACGGACCCCCAGUGGAUCAAUAGUAACAGGAUUUUACCUUUGGGCGACUUUGUGCUGUCAAGGCUGCCAUGGUGGUGUGUACCAGAGGAAGUUGUACCAGGACCUGAUGGUCAACUACAAUCGUCUGGAGAGACCGGUCCUAAACGACUCAGCGCCCAUCCUGGUUGAACUUGGUUUUACCUUGCUACAGAUCAUCGAUGUGGACGAGAAGAACCAAGUUUUGAUCACCAACGCUUGGCUGCAGCUGCACUGGACGGAUAUCUACCUGACAUGGGACCAGGAGGACUACCCUGGGGUUCAAAACCUGCGAUUCCCAUCCAAUUUGAUAUGGGUGCCAGAUAUUCUCCUCUACAACAGUGCUGAUGAGAGGUUUGAUGCAACAUUCCAUACAAACGUGCUGGUCAAUGCCACAGGAGCCUGCCAGUACAUCCCGCCAGGCAUCCUGAAGAGUACGUGCUACAUUGAUGUGCGCUGGUUCCCAUUUGAUGUGCAAAAGUGCGACCUCAAGUUUGGCUCCUGGACGCACAACGGCUGGCUGCUGGACCUCCAGAUGAUGGAUGUGGACAUCUCCACAUACAUACCCAAUGGCGAGUGGGACCUUGUUGGUGUGCCAGCCAAACGCAAUGAGCUGUACUACGACUGUUGCAAAGAGCCGUACCCCGAUGUGACAUUCACUGUCACCAUGCGCCGUAGGACACUUUACUAUGGUCUCAACCUGCUUAUCCCCUGUGUGCUCAUCUCCGGCCUGGCCCUGCUGGUCUUCCUCCUGCCUGCCGACUCUGGAGAGAAGAUCUCACUAGGCAUCACCGUGCUGCUGUCUCUGACGGUCUUCAUGCUGCUGGUGGCAGAGAUCAUGCCUGCGACAUCAGACUCUGUUCCUCUCAUUGCGCAGUACUUUGCCAGCACCAUGAUGAUCGUGGGCUUAUCUGUUGUGGUGACAGUUCUGGUUCUGCAGUUCCACCACCAUGACCCCCGAGGAGGCAAGAUGCCCAAAUGGGUUCGAGUCAUCCUCCUCAACUGGUGUGCUUGGUUCCUGCGCAUGAAAAAGCCUGGAGAGGAAGUCAGAAGCAGACGCCAGUCCAGCAGUUGCUUGGCGUACAAGCACCCCCAUGCCUCCCCUCACCACACCAGCACCAACAGCAUACCAGGCCUGGCCUCAACACGGUCAACCAUCAAUGGGAAUAUGAACCUGUACCCGGGAUAUAAUUCCACGGGAACGGAAAACCCUUCCUUCCCACCCAGCACUGAUUCGGGUGUACUGAUGUGCGGCAGCGGUGGAUGCGGCGACAGACCCGCCAGUUUGGCCCUGGGCGAUGUCCACUCGGCUCAAACAAGGACUAUAUUUCUGGAGCGUGUCCCGGAAAUGUCCCAGAUCUUGGAGGAAGUGCAGUACAUCGCCAGGCGCUUCCGAGAGCAGGAUGAGGGAGAGGCCAUCUGUAGCGAGUGGAAGUUCGCAGCGGCGGUGGUGGAUCGUUUAUGCCUGGUGACCUUUUCGCUCUUCUCCAUCAUCUGCACGUUCACCAUUCUCAUGUCAGCUCCCAACUUCAUCGAGGCCGUGUCCAAAGACUUCACAUGAAGCGGAAAACCUGACCUUGAACUUUCCGAGCACACGCAACCCAAGCCUACAAGAUCUACUUUCUAUUUCUACAUGUGUCUGGCCGUAAUGGCAAAACAAUAUACAUACGUCGAUAUAUGUAUAUAUAAAUAUGUAUAUAUAUUAUAAUGUAUAACCCAACUAUCCCCCCCACUCCAUACACCAGCAGUAAUUCUUAAUCUGGCAGAUUUUAAUAAUUGACAGAAAUAAACUGCUUUCAGUAUUACACUCACAGUAUUACACUCAGUAUUACAAUCAGUAUUAUUAUUAUCAUUAUUAUUAUUAUUAUUCCACUCAGUAUGACACUUGGUGUUACACUCGGUGUUACACUCAGUAUUAUUAUUAUUCCACUCAGUAUGACACUCUGUAUUACACUCAGUAUUACACUCACAGUAUUACACUUGGUGCUACACUCAGUAUUACACUCAGUAUUCCACUGUAGCUGCCACAACCAGAUCUAGCGCCAUCUGUUGGCCUCUGCUGAUGAACACAUUAGAACGGGACUGUGAACGUAUCUCGUCGUUCCAACAGCGUACAGUAGAUGACAUUGUAGCGCUGCUUAGCUCUGCUAACAUCAUACUCCUACAUGCCUGGUCUGCCUAGAAGAAGACGAAGCAAUAGGGAGUAGUUUUGCAUUUAGCGAGUAUCCAAAGCCCUGUAGAUUGUUUACAGAUGUAUCUUUUUCAAAACAGUGACUGUACCACCUGACACCCCAUUCCUUUCAUUACAACUCUGGUCUAAAGGCGGCUCGGUGCGUUUAGGGCACCGGUUGAGUGUGUCAAUCACCUUCAUUGAAAUAUUUAUCCUCCAUCCAGUGUGCAGGCACGCUGUCAUUGGCUGGAUGGCAACAUUUGCUCCUGGGGGGGGGGGAUUUCCAAAUCUAUGUUGAGUGCUUUUUCUAUUUCACACUGUCAGCGAAAGACAAACACUUUGUAAUCACUGGAAAACAUCAUGCAGGGAGGAUUAGCGACCUUAUAUAACUCAUUUUCGUUGGAACAUGAGAGAAACUGGAAGCACCAACUAUGAACGCCCGCCCCCCCGUCACUAUAUAGUAACUACAUUUUACACUUGAUGUCAGAAAUAUCCUGCCCUUGGCUGGAGACCAGUCCAGGGUGUACCCUGCCUCUCGCCCAAAGUCAGCUGGGAUAGGCUCCAGCGUACCCCGGCGACCCAGAAAAUUGAUGAAAGUAGGAACUAUUGGGACAAUACCGGAAGUCACUGCCUACCUGGACAUCCUUCCAGGAAUUUAGCAACACACGUUAGAGAAGAACGACCUCUUUAGUGCAAUUCCAUCGAGAAUAUUAUUACCCCAUUUUGGGGACAAAUACCCCUUUUGUGUCCCCAUAUGAGAAGACGGUAAAGUACACAAGAUUGAUGGCAUUGUGGCAUUGGGAACAACAGACUUGCUCUAUGAAUCGAGUUCAUAGGCAUCACCAUAAAUUGUUGAUGCCGAUGACACAUAAACAAGCAUGUUACAAAAAA